CAGAGGAGCUUGGCGGUGUUGCAGUCUGGCAGGCCGGUGCUCACAAGCUCGUCAAGUGUCGUCCGGAAUUUUCAUAUUUGAGGCGAUCCCCCCAGCGGCGUUCCCUCGUAGCUUGUCCUCUGGCCAGUUCUCCAGACUUUCGUUUGCUACCACCUCAGUACGCAUACGAGUCCUGACCUCGCCUCUGCAGCACUCAUCAUGGCGGAGAACGCUACCCAGAUCGCCACGCUGGCGGCACCGGUUGGUGCCGUGCGGACAUCUGUAGACCAGGAGGCCCUUGACCAGAAGUUCAACUCUGAGAUUGUCGCCAACGCCACCGAGGAUGGCCAUGCCACGUACCACGGCUUGGUGCUGCCCACCGAGGAGGAGAAGUCUACACUCCGACGCAUCGCGGGCAAGAUGCCUUCGACCUGCUACUACCUGUGUGCUGUCGAGUUUGCCGAGAGAGCCUCGUACUAUGGCUGCAACCAGGUCUACAAGAACUUCAUCCGCGCGCCGCUCCCUCUCGAUGGUCCUGGCACGGGUGCGACCGCCCCUGGCUCGCCGUACACCGCCGGCGCCCUGGGCAAGGGUUCCGUCACUGCCUCGGCCAUGACAGAAGCAUUCAAGUUCCUCGCCUACGCUCUGCCCAUCUACUUUGGUUGGUUAGCAGAUACCAAGUAUGGACGCUUCAAGAUGAUUUGCUGGGGUGUUGGCGUCUGUGGUGUAGCCCACAUCAUUAUGAUCAUCUCGUCCAUUCCUCCGGUCCUGCAGUCUGGCAACGCCAUUGGCCCUUUUGCUCUUUCCUUGUACAUGCUGAGCAUCGGUGCUGCUCAGUUCAAGCCCAACAUCUCGCCCACCAUCAUUGACCAGAGCCCCCACAAGGUUGCUCACGUUAUCACCGAGGAGAAGACGGGAGAGCGAGUUAUUGUCGACCCCGAGGAGUCUAUCAACAGUGUUAUGCUCUGGUUUUACCUGCUGAUUAACGUUGGUGCCUGCACUGGUAUAGCGACGACCUAUUUGGCCAAGCUUGUAGGCUACUGGGCUGCCUAUUUGAUCCCAACCAUCCUCUACCUUCUGCUGCCCCCUCUGCUCUACUACCUCAACCCUCGCCUGGUCAAGCAGCCCCCGGGCGGAUCUGACCUCGGCAACGUCUUCAAGGUGCUUGGAGACGCUUUGGCCAAUGGAGGAUGGACGCGGAUCGGCCGCAAGGGCUUCUGGGACCACGCGAAGCCCAGCGCGUUGAUCGCGGCCGGAAGUACCAAGACUUUCGGAUACGAGGACGAUUUCGUCAACGACGUUCGCCGCACUUUCCAGGCCUGCGGUAUUUUCUUGUUCCUCCCAAUCUGGAACAUUAAUGAUGGUGCUCUCGGUGCCGCUGCGAACGCGCUCAGUGCCGGUAUGCAAACUGAUGGCAUGCCCAACGAUUUGCUUGACAACCUGAACUCGGUCACUGUUGUUUUCAUGGCUGUCCUGAUGAACCAAGUGGUCUAUCCCUUCCUGCGGAAGCGCGGCAUCCGCUGGGGUCCUAUCUCGCGCAUGUUCUUCGGCUUCCUGCUUGGCACUUUCGGCUCUAUCCCCUUCUCCGUCCUUCAAUACUACGUGUACCAGACUUCCCCCUGUGGAACCAACGCGACCACCUGCGCCGAGAUCCUGCCCGAGGGCGAGAACCCCCUCUCGACAGUGCCCUACCGGCUCUACUCCAUCCCCAUCGUCAUCACCGCCAUGUCCGAGGUCUUUGUCAACGUGACGGCGUACGGCAUUGCGUACUCGCGCUCGCCCAAGAACAUGAAGGGCCUCGUCGCCUCGAUCAACCUCUUCAUGACCGCCGUCUCUGCCGCCAUCGGUCUGGGCACCUCGUACGUCAUCCAGGACCCGUACCUCAUCUGGGCCUUUGCCGCGCCCACGAUUAUCGGCUUCGUCCUGGCCAUCGCCUUCUGGUUCACCUUCAAGCACAUCAACGACGAGGAGUUUGUACUCAACACCGACUUCACCGACAUGAAGCGCGACUCGGACACCGAGAGCAACGGCGGCGUCGUCGACACCGACGAGAAGAAGGCCAUCAACUAGACUCUCUAUUUCCGUAAGGGGGGGUUAUGGUUCCUGCAAAAGAAAACCUGGACAACGUGCAGCAGCCCCUGGUUACCCGGGCCUCGUAAGCGAUUAAUGCACGCACGCCCUUCUUCUCUUGGUUAUGGGGCAUCUCGGGAUUUGUUCGUCGUGAGGGAUUUGCUGCCAUGGGAAGUG